CACGCCCAGAGGCCGCCCCGGAGGCCGCCGCCAGCCGCCAGAUCUGAGCAGAAUUAAGAAGAAAGAGCUUCCACAGUCACAGCAGAUGAAGAUCCACUGGUAAAUCGAUCAGGAUUUUUGGCCUGCUCUCCAAAGAAGAGGAGCGGAAAGAAUGUCGGAGCGGGCCGCGGAUGACGUCAGGGGGGAGCCGCGCCGAGCGGCGGCGGCGGCGGCGGGCGGAGCAGCGGCCGCCCGGCAGCAGCAGCAGCAGCAGCCCUCGCAGCCCCAGCGGCAGCAGCCGCCGCCGCGGCGCCUACGGCCGGAGGACUGCGGCCCCGGCGCCGCCUCCACCUCGGCCGCCGCUGCAAUGGCGACCGUCGGGGAGCGCAGGCCCCUGCCCAGUCCCGAAGCGAUGCUGGGACAGUCGUGGAAUCUGUGGGUCGAGGCUUCCAAACUUCCUGGGAAGGACGGGACGGAAUUGGACGAAAGUUUCAAGGAGUUUGGGAAAAACCGCGAAGUCAUGGGGCUCUGUCGCGAAGACAUGCCAAUAUUUGGUCUCUGUCCAGCCCACGAUGAUUUCUACUUGGUGGUGUGUAACGACUGUAAUCAGGUUGUCAAACCGCAGGCAUUUCAGUCACAUUAUGAAAGAAGACAUAGCUCAUCCAGCAAGCCUUCUUUGGCCGUUCCUCCCACUUCAGUAUUUUCUUUCUUCCCUUCUCUGUCCAAAAGCAAAGGAGGCAGUGGAAGUGGAGGCAGCCGUUCUUCCAGUGGAGGUGUUCUAAGCACAUCCUCACUAACUUCCAAGUUGUUGAAAUCGCCCAAAGAGAAACUGCAGCUCAGGGGGAACAGCAGGCCAAUGCAUCCCAUCCAACAAAGCAGAGUCCCCCACAGUAGAAUCAUGACGCCCUCUGUGAAAGUGGAAAAGAUUCAUCCGAAGAUGGAUGGCACACUACUGAAACCUGCGGUGGGGCCACCCUGUCCUGCUACUGUGAGUUCCUCAGUCAAGCCUGGCCUUAACUGCCCCUCAAUACCAAAGCCAACCUUGCCUUCACCUGGACAGAUUCUGAAUGGCAAAGGGCUUCCUGCACCGCCCGCCCUGGAAAAGAAGUCUGAAGAUAGUUCCAGUAAUAGGAAGUUUUUAAACAAGAGAUUAUCAGAACGAGAGUUUGACCCUGACAUGCACUGUGGGGUCGUUGACCUCGACACCAAGAAGCCCUGCACCCGGUCUCUGACAUGCAAGACACAUUCCUUAACCCAACGGAGGGCUGUCCAGGGUAGAAGAAAACUAUUUGAUGUGUUGUUAGCCGAGCACAAAAACAAAACCAGGGAAAAGGAAUCAAUUCGCCAUCUGGACUCUCAGCAACCAGCGCAGCCUCUCAGGGACCCGCAUCCCGCCCCUCCCAGAACUUCACAGGAGCCACACCAAAACUCUCACGGAGUGAUUCCUUCCGAAUCAAAGCCUUUUGUAGCUAGUAAACCUAAACCUCACACCCCCAGUCUUCCAAGGCCUCCAGGCUGUCCUGCUCAGCAAGGUGGGAGUGCCCCCAUUGACCCUUCUCCAGUCCAUGAAUCUCCACACCCUCCCCUGCCUGCCACUGAGCCAGCUUCUCGGUUAUCCAGUGAGGAGGGAGAAGGCGACGACAAAGAAGAGUCUGUAGAAAAACUGGACUGUCACUGUUCAGGUCGUCAUCCGCAGCCGGCGUCUUUUUGCACAUUCGGGAGCCGGCAGAUUGGAAGAGGCUAUUACGUGUUUGACUCCAGGUGGAACCGGCUUCGCUGCGCCCUCAGCCUCAUGGUGGAGAAGCAUCUGAACUCUCAGCUGUGGAAGAAAAUCCCACCCGUGCCCAGUACCACGCCCCCCGGCUCCACACGUGUUCCUCACCGGACGAACUCUGUGCCGACAUCGCAGUGUGGGGUCAGCUAUCUGGCAGCAGCCUCCGUGUCUACACCCCCGGCCCUGCUCCCGUCCACCUGCAUCUCCCCAAACAGCAAGUCAGCGCCAGCUCACGGCACCACGCUAAAUGCACAGCCGGCCGCGUCCGGGGCGCUGGAGCCUGUGUGCAGCAUGCAGUCCAGACAAGUGUCCUCUUCGUCCUCGUCCCCCUCCACGCCCUCUGGCCUUUCCUCGGUGCCCUCUUCCCCCAUGUCCAGGAAACCUCAGAAGUUGAAAUCCAGCAAGUCUUUACGGCCCAAGGAGUCUUCUGGCAACGGCACUAACUGUCACAGCACCAGUAGCAGUGCCAGCAGCGCCUCAGGAAAGAAGCGCAAAACCAGUUCUCCUUUGUUAGCUCCCUCCUCCUCCUCCUCCUGCUCUUCCUCCUCUUCUUCUCAUUCCAUGGAGUCUUUUAGGAAAAACUGUGUGGCUCCCUCUGGGCCUCCCUACCCCUCAGCGGUGACAUCUUCCCAUGGCCUCGGCCUCAACUGUGUGCUGACUAAAGCGAACUCGGUGAGUGUCCGGCACGAGCCGUCAGGGAGGGGCCCCCCCGGAGGGAGCCCUGCCGAGUCCAUCAAGAGGAUGAGUGUGAUGGUCAACAGCGGCGACUCCACGCUUUCUCUGGGCCCCUUCAUUCACCAGGCCAGCGAGCUGCCUGUCAACUCCCACGGCGGUUACUCACACUCACACACUCCUCUGGACAAACUCAUAGGAAAGAAAAGAAAGUGCUCGCCCGGCUCGAGCAGCGUCGUCAACAGCAGCAGCAAACCCACAAAGGUUGCCAAAUUGCCAGCCAUGAACAACGUCCACGUGAAAUACACAGGCACGAGCCCAGGGGCACAAGGACUGACGAACAGUUCCCUCCUCCAUCAGGAUGUCUCCUCACCCUGCUUACGAACAGGAAUUGCAGCAGCAUCACCCCAGAGCCCUGAUUUAAAAUCCAAAGGCUCGUCCCUGACAGCUGAAAAUAGCAUGGGGAGGAAUACUCUGGACACUUUUGACGACAAGUUACACCUCCACUCAGCACUCUGGACUCCAAGAUGCCUUUGAGUCUGUUUCCCCAACCUCCUGUGGGCCUCAAGGGUAGGAAGCUGCCAGCCGGGCUGUUGUUUUAACGAGGAUUUCCCUGAAGCUGCGUCUGUAGCAGUGAGUACUUUAAAGGACACUGGGUCAAGUUCAGCCGCUGAAUUGCUUCUGUCAGUGUUAAAGUGGUCUGGACUGCUUGCUACCGAUCUGUGACAAGUUUUCGUUUUGUUUUUUUAACUUGCAGUAUAUCACAGAGCCACUCUUGGAGGAGAUUGGCUGGGCGAAAGAAUGUUUGACAGGAACCUUACUGUAGACUUUCCUCCCUCCCGCCUCUCCCCGCCCCAGUCCUUUUUUUACACUGUCUUCUGCAGGUCACUCUCCAGCAGGGAGGGCACCUUCACUGGAGACCCCUCCAGAGGAGAGACAGAGCUGUACCCCGAGCAACCCUCCAGAGACAGGGAUCUGUCGUUAGGUUUUUUAUAGCAACGUUCCAGGAACGAAAUACGGACAUUAGCUCAAGGCGUCAUGGGAAAAUAGCCUAUAUUGUGCCCAGCAUUUGGCGAGUAAUUUGGAAUAAGAAGCUGUCAGAAGUUUCUAACUUACAAAGUGAUGCCCAGAGAGCAGGUAUAUACCAUUAUAGAGGCUUCCUUUUCGUGGUACAAAAGCAAUUCUGUGUGAUUUUUUUUUUUUCAAAGAAAACGCAAACUAGUUUUAAUAAUGGAAAGCCAAAUUUUGGUGGGAUAGGGGGAGGCAGAUAAAAUCAUUGUAUGGGGAAAAUUUUUCCCAAGAUUUCCAAAGAGAUGGAAUGUUUUUAUCCUUUUAGUCUCCAUGUCACACAGUGUGGCAGGUUGGGUUGUUUGUCCUGCUCAGUCUCUUCAAAGAAUUGCCUUUGUAAAGUGAAAUUACCCGGAUGCAGCAGAAACUCUUGCACAGUCAUUAAUAUACUUAAAUGUUUCCAAGACACCUCUGCAUUCCCGUCAGUCUCCUCUUUGGAUGCUGUCCUGGGACUAAGCAUAAAUUUCCACUUUGUGCGCUCCCCCUCCUGCCCUUACAGACGUUUAUUUGGAUGCCACAGGGAGCAGGCACUCGCCAGGGCAUGGGGUGAGUGUGCACGCGCACCCGUGCAGGGGACGAGACGCGUGGUGGUGUUUCCCUGACACACCUCCUUUUCUUGGGAUUGAUGCCAGCCAUCCUCCUGAGAGAGUCCUGGAGACCCUCCAGGAUGUUUUUUCUAGUACCCCACCCCAAAACAAAGCUUAAUAUAUUAAAACAUCACCGCUUGAGAAGGUGCCAUGGAAUUUGGGGGAAAAUUGGGGUUUUUAACACGUGGGUCCACCAUCACAGCUCCUGAACCAAGAACCGGGCACGCAUGCUUAGAAGAACUCCCAAAGUUGCUGAACAAAACACAGGGUAAAUUUCCCAGGCCUCUGAUCCCUUCCCUGGGCAGGCCUGGGCAGAACCAGUCAGUGCAUCCUUUCUUCCCUACAAUUCUUGGUUCAGUUUCAGGGAAUUUCAAGUCAACAACAGGUAGAAUGAGUAAAUACUUGGUUACCAGCCUAAUAAUGUGAAUUGCUACAGAAUUAUUAUGUAAGAAAACAAAAACUUUAUGCAGAUACUUUAGCUAUAAAUUGAUGUAAAACUAUUGAUUUUUUUUUUAAAGCAAGGGGAGAAUAGUAUCUUGUUCACUUAUUAUGCAAUCAAUCAGUAAAUGUUUUUAAAAUGAUACUAUAGGAGAGCUUAGUGAGGACAGAGCAUGGAUGGGCCAGUUUGGUGCAGUUAGAAUUCUGUCAGUUGGAUUGUUCCAUCCCAGUGGAGGGAGGGAAACAAGAUAAGAGGGAAUCAGAACGUACUUAGUUGAUUCCUUGGUGACAAGUGCAAUGGGGUAUGGGUAGAACUUAUUUUCAGAGCCAAGGGGACUUGAUGGUUAUAAAUAAAGUUGCUUUUAGCAAUGGAAUUUGUAGACAGAUCAUGUUCCAAAAGAUGUGAAUAGGACCCACAAUAGCAAGUUGAUUCAGAAUAAUGUAGAUACAUCUAGAUCAGCGAGUGUUGGUCAUUUGAUUUCUUAGACUGAGGUUUUAAGUGAAUUUCAUUAUGUCUCCCGGUAGUACAGAGAGCAUCGGGAUUAGGAAAUUAGCCAUUUUGGAUUCUGCCUGCCACAAACAGACAUAUUCUAAACAGUGCUAUUAAAUUUUAGACUGUUGUUCAAAUAUUUUAUUUUCUCCUACAACUACUUUUUAUUAUGAUGAACAAUUAAGACCAUUUAAAACAUGGGAAUACAAGUAUUUUUGAAUUAAAUUAACUUGCAAAAACCAAAUUUGCAGUGGUUGGGUUGUUUCUAGACACUUUGGUAUCAAUUUAAAACCAAGAUAAUUUUUAUAUUCUUUCCAGUAGAAUUUCAUGACAACUCCUGCAGUUUUCUUAACCUAAAAAAAAAAA